AAAAUUGCGAUGUUGCGAUUUUUAUGAGUGUACAAUUAACAAAGUUUGUGAUUAAAAAUAAACUAUAAACAUUUGGAAUAUGUAACCGAAUCUUGAAAGAAAGAUUUUUGUUGAUUAUUUAGUAUGAUUUAAGUGGGUGGAGGGAGGACUUCUUACCGAUACAAUCCAUUGAAGACUCGGUCGUUUGAAAUCGUACGAUGACUUCGUGUAUUGUUUGACAUCAACAACUCUUUCAAGAAACUUUCAAGUUUGACGUGUACUCCACUAUUUCAUGACAAAGUAUAAAGAAAUGAGAUUGCACUGAAGUCGAAAUUUGUUUUUUAGGUGCGUUGGAACAUAGGUAGUGCCGCUGUUCAUCUCUUCGAGUACAAGUAUCUCUAUGAUGUUUUCGUCAGGUCUUAGUUGUAAUCUCUCCUUUCCCAGUUGCCUGGGUUACCCACAGGACAGUGAAGAAUUAAUACCAAAAAUGGCACGUGAGCCAAUAAUUCUUAAUGUUUAUGAUAUGUAUUGGAUAAAUGAAUAUACUACACCUAUAGGAUUAGGUGUCUUUCAUUCUGGAGUUGAAAUUUAUGGAACAGAGUAUGCGUAUGGAGGCCAUUCUAAACCAAUUUCUGGAAUUUUUGAAAUCACACCACGAGUUGCCGAUGAAUUAGGGGAGCAAUUUAGAUAUAGACAAUCGGUACACAUCGGUUAUACAGACUUCACAGAAGAAGAUGUGAACAGAAUUGUUACUGAAUUAGGAAAAGAUUUUAGGGGAGAUCGUUACCAUUUAAUGAAUAAAAAUUGUAAUCACUUCAGUAGCCAACUUACCCUUAUUUUAUGUGGCCAAGAAAUACCUGGUUGGGUAAAUCGUCUUGCGUAUUUUAGUUCUUGUGUACCAUUCCUACAACGUUGUUUACCAAAAGAAUGGUUAACCCCUGAUGCACUUCAACAUUCUUUGAGUCAAGUCAGUUACCAUGAAAGAGUUACACCUUUUAGAGAAUUUAUGCAACAAGCAAAGGAAGUUUAUCGUGACAGUGAAUAUAUAUCGCCAGGAUUAUGGAAUCCGAGCAACAAAACCGUCAAAACGAGACAAGACUUGGUUCGAAGACAAGGCAACAUAAGACAAAACAGAUGCGUCUUUGAUUUUAGAACCCUUAAGUAA